UGUACCAGUUCGGACAUAGUUCGGAGUUGAUAGCAGCAGCGGUAGUAGCUGAUCAACGGUUUGAAUACUGGGGGCCCUCAUUCAAUCAUCUCAUCUAGCCCAACGGUAGACCCAAACCACACGGUCAUAGUUUUUUGCUCAACCUAGUCACAGGAUGUGAGUGUGUGUGUGUUUCAAGUGCGCCAACAUUAUUGUUGCCCCCAUGUCUCAGUGGGUGAACGUGAAGCUUCGUUUUCCACCGACGCGCCAGCGGCUUUUCUUCCGUAGGUUUACGAAGUGCAAGGUUUCUAGAUGACGAAAUUUUCUGAAAUGAAAGUCGGCUGAAGCUUGGAGAAGGGGAAAUUUUUUUCCGCAACUCAUCAUACUUUCGGAUAGAAAAUCCGUAGGACUUUGAGAGUGGUCGUCGUGGUCGUCAGCGUCGUUCGCGUAGUUGGUUGAUUUUUCGAGGAAUGCUACAGUUCACGGUUGACCUGCAAGGUGCUGUAUUUCUUCUGGGAAAUUUUACGCCUGACCUGAUCCUGUUGGGUCGAAAUAAGUGGUGUGAUUUCAGGCAAUAAAGUGUGCGUCAAAUUUUGGGACAGCAAAAUAAAGGGAAUAUUUAAUGAUUCGUGGAGGGCGGUAUAAUUCAUCACUUGGAGAAAAAAAAUACAGCUAAGUGUGUUGUUGUUAUUGUUGUUGCUGUAGCUGUUGAAGAAGCUAUACUCCAGCUCGGAGCCUAAAAGCUACGGUAAAGUGUUCGUUGAGUGAAAAUAUGUGAGGCAGAGAAACAAAAAUUACGCCGUUUGAAGAGUCAAUGUCGAGCCAUAAAUCAUCCGACUUCAGUGUCUGAGCAAAAAAAAUCGAAUUGAAUUCCCGAUCCAUCCAUAGAAAAUUGCGCUCAACGUCCGAAGCUCUGUUCCCGGCGUGGAUUAAAAGCCCUCGCGGCAUGACGUAGUGUGCGAUUGAGUGCUAAGCUUAAAACGAAGUGUGAUGUUGCUGAUUGAAGCAAGCAAGUCAUUCCGGGAAAAUCCUGGAUACACCUGUGCGGUGCCCGUCUGAGCUGGCGAACGGGGAAUAGCGGAAGUUGUGUUCCGACUUCACAUUUGGCACAGUCAUCGGUCGCCGUCGUCAUCGUCAUCAUUGUCGCAAUCGGGCGAAUUCAGACACUGAAUAUUUAUAAUAUUAAAUCCGACGACGAAAUCACUUCAUGUCAUGUCAACCGAUCACUGUUGCAGCACAGUUCACAAAACGAGUCCAAGCCCCAAAAGCCAGGCUACCCGAAACCGAUGAGUAUAUCGCUACCGACUGCCACGACGGAAGCAUGCAUUCGGACAGCGAGCAUCACAAAAAUGUCCCAUUUCGCCAACAAUGACCAUUAAUCGCGCCGGUAAUGAUGUUCUGCGACAUCUUGCUUUGCGUCUACUAGUAGCUCCAUCCAUUAGCUGGGAAUUCAGGCCGAAGUGUUUUCUCGGGUGCUGCAGCCGAAAGGGGAUCGUCAGUUCUAGUAACAGUAUCAGCAGCAGGUUCCGGUGGUUUCAGGUGUUGUGCGUCCUGCUGACGGUGAUCAUUCCUCGCAACGGCCAGAGCUACGCCAAAAAUGAGAAGGAAAAUUUCGUUAAAACGUCCGAUGUCGAAGCUAUCGAGGACCACCAGGCAAUCCUGUACUGUCCACUUCUAGCGUCGAAUCGCGAUAAAAUCAAUAUGGUGCUGUGGUUUCGAGACAACGCCGGUAUUCCACUGUACAGCCUCGACGUUCGGGGCAAAUCGCUCGACGACGCCCAGCACUGGUCCGCACCGCAGGUCUUCGGAACCAGGGCUCGUUACGUUAUCGAAAGUGACCCAGCGUAUUUGGAAUUGAAUGAAAUUAAACGUCAUGAUCAAGGCAUUUAUCGGUGCCGUGUCGAUUUCCAAAACAGCCAAACACAGAGCUUUCGCUUCAAUCUCACCGUCAUUAUUCCACCCGAGCCACCGGUGAUACUAGAUCGAUGGGGACGCGUCAUAAAUAGUACAAUAAUAGGACCAAAGGAGGAAGGAGAUGAUAUACUGCUCACUUGCCGAGUGGUUGGAGGGAGACCACAGCCCGAUGUGCUCUGGUUUAUCAACGAUAAUCUGGUGGAUAAUCAGAUCGAGCAGAACACCGGCAACGUCAUCGAAAACCGGCUGCUGUGGACGUCAGUCCAGCGGCACCAUCUGCACUCGGUGUUCACCUGCCAGGCCACCAAUACCAAGCUGAUGCCGGCCCGGUACAGCAAGUUCGUGCUAGAUAUGUACCUCAAACCCCAAUCCGUCAAAAUCCUAAACUCAACGCUGUCGCUGGCCGCCCACAAGGAGUAUCGGAUCGUGUGUCAAACAAGCGGCGCCCGACCGGAUGCUGUGAUAACCUGGACGAAGGGCAAGAAAUCUCUCAAACGUUUCAAGGAGCACGUGAUGCGCAAUGUGACCGUCUCGGUGCUAAACUUUGUCCCGACGGUGGAAGAUGACGGACGGUUGCUCGGAUGCCGUGCGGAAAACCCUAAAGUUCCUGGCCUCUAUCUGGAGCAGUUUCAAAACAUUAGUGUUCACUAUCCACCGGUGGUUAACCUGCAGCUUGGUUCAACGCUUUCCAUCGAUGACAUCAAGGAAGGUGACGACAUCUACUUCGAGUGCAGAAUACAAUCAAAUCCAGCGUGGCGGAGGCUCGCCUGGUUACACAAUGGAGUGCAACUACCUCAGAACUCAUCGUCGACGAAAAUCGUACGCUCCAACCAGAGCCUGGUAAUUCAAAAAGUGACACGCAGUUCGAGCGGGGCGUACCAGUGCGGGGCGCUCAAUACCGAAGGCGAGACGCUCAGUAACGCAAUCGAGCUGAACAUCAAGUACAUCCCAAUCUGUGCCACCGACAAGAUCGUCAGCUUGGGCGUAUCAACAGACGAAACGGUGCUAAUCAGUUGUAACAUCAUAACGCAUCCUGCGGCAAGCCGUUUCUACUGGAGAUUCGAGAACUCCGAAGAAGUAAUCGAAAUCGAUCCAGCUAGGUAUACGAACAACGGCACUAGCAGCCACCUGGAAUACACCCCGAGCUCCGAGCGGGACUACGGAACUCUUUCCUGCUGGGGAACGAAUGAAAUAGGCACGAUGGCAGUACCCUGCAUCUACCAUUUGAUCACCGCAGGCCUACCAACACCCGUAAUCAACUGUGGCUGGAAAAACGACAGCACUGCGAUAGAGGUCACCUGCCACGCUGGCUAUGAUGGGGGUCUACGGCAACAGUUUAUGCUGGAGAUGUUAUCCAACCAGAAUCCGGGAAUUGGGAUUAAUCUUACCAACGAGGAAGAACCAACCUUUAAAACAACGUUCACUGCGCUACGGGAACAACUGCCAAAUAUUCACCAGUCGGAUUCGCUCAAACUAUUCGCAUACGCCGUGAACCAAAAAGGCAAGAGUCCCCGAGUGUUCAUAGCGGACCUGUUCGUACCGGCCGUCGAAGAGCAGGAACAAACAAGUGGGGAAAAAUCCCCACUGCUUACACCGAUUCUAAUCGGUCUGCUGCUAACUAUCGUGCUCAUCAUAGUCGUUAUAGUUGUAAGAAUUUAUCUGAAAUCGAAAAGACUUAAGCAAACUAUUGGUAAGGAGAAACGAUACACGGAGGAAUCUAAGAAUACUUUACUGUUAAUGGAACAACCCAAGAAGGAUAAAUCCCAAAAGGCUUCCAAAUGGAAAAAUAGCAUGGGUAGUAGCAUAAAAACUAGGAAUAAAAUCGAAACCAUAGACGACGAACAAGAUCCCGACCUGAUCCCUUAUCCCCGUCUCACCGACAUUCAGCAAGAGGAACUGAUUCCAAUGAAUUCGGACAUAUCCUUCAAACCGAAAAUGGUCCGACUGCCGGCAGUCAUCGCUACCACCUCGACCGCGUCCACAACUACCAUCAGUUUCAAGGACGAGGACGUAUCCGAGGCGGAAAUCAAUCUGAAAGGAAUUGAGGACUUUCUCAUGACGAAUCGCGUACCGGAAAGCUGUGUAUGAUAUCGACGGUAGAAUCAUUGAAUCAUGUAGCAAACCGGAUGGUAAAAGCAAUCCCCAUCAUCAGCCAUUGAUCGUCGGUACCGUUCUCGGAAGUGCACUACGUGAAUGCGCUCGAGGGUAGUAUUUUGUAUAUUGCCACUUUUUUGUGUUUAGCAUGUAAGUUAUGAAUGUGCUUGAGUGCUGUGGGUAACAUGCAAUCUAAUAAAAUGAAGUGUAAAAUAAUGAACACCGCGAACCCUUUCGUUUGAGUCACAAAACGAAAUAAUCUAAAGGCCGCUUUCUAUUACUGAGAUAACGAA